GGUGUCCAAUAUGACAUCUGAUUCGCCAGCCCGUCCGAGAUGUCACUUUAAGCUAUCAUCAGGCCCCUGACGGCUGAAAGAUUGCUGGGCUCGAUUACAUUGAUCAUAUACUCGGUCUUACGACCCUCAAUAAGAUGCCGAUUCUGAUUUCCUCGCCGUUGUCUAUCGUCGUCACAUCACUAUGCGCGGUGCAUACUUGCUGCCGGCCUUCGUGGGCGUUGUCGUCGCAGCAUCUUGUAACGGCAACGACGCUCUCUGCGGAAAGAAGUAUUCUGACGUGACGUUUGUCGGAUCCCACAACAGUGCCUUUGUUGGCAUCACUCCGGCCCACAAUCAAUAUGUAUCGGUAACAGACCAGCUUGAUCUCGGCGUACGCUUCCUACAAGCUCAAACUCAAAACAAGGACGGUCAGAUACAGAUGUGCCAUACGGACUGCGCUCUGUUAGACUCUGGGCCGUUGUCCAAGUAUCUCGAAGAGAUAACCACUUGGAUAGAGGCGCAUCCGCGGGAAGUGGUCACUUUGCUUCUAACAAACAUUGACGCAAUGCCGGUCACGCAAUUCGGCGACACUUUCAAGAGUACGGGGUUGGACAAGUACGUCUUCAAGCCUGACGAGAAAGUGGCCAUAGACCAGUGGCCUACACUCCAGACCCUGAUUGAUGAUGGGACGAGACUGGUCGUAUUCAUGGACUAUCAUGCCGAUACGAGCAAAGUCGAUUACAUUCUCGACGAGUUUCAAUAUUACUGGGAGACUCCUUUCGGGGAGACCAACUCAAAUUUCCCCAGCUGCAAUAUCGACCGGCCGCAAGGUCUAGAUCCGAAUGGCUACAUGUAUCUUGUCAACCACUUCCUCGACAUUGAGCUCUUCGCAGGCAUCAAGAUCCCCAACCAAAUAGAAGCACCAAAGACGAAUUCCCUGUCGUCCAUUGACAAGCAAGUCAACUUGUGUAGAGGCAUGUGGGGAAGGACACCGAGUGUAGUUUUGCUCGACUGGAUCAACAUUGGCGAGGCAAUCAAGGCACAGAGCCAAUACAACGCAUAAAGAAAGGAGUUUAUGUUGGGAUGAUAGUUCCAGGAGCCGUGAUUUCAGUUGGUAUCAUAGAAAGGCAGUUCGAUGAUGAGGGCUGUGUAAUCAUUGGUGUAUGGCAAUCGAGAAGACGAGGAGCACUCAAAUUGGCAUAUUUAGGGCUGCGCUGCCCAGGUAUCUAGCGAGAGAAUCGCGCUUGGGGAACCUGAGAUACAUUUUCAGGGCACGCGAGGAUGGAACUUCUUGUUGGCGAAAGAUGAGGGUGACACCCGUAGGCAGCCUCAAUGUCGGAAGUGAGCGAAGCCACUCUCGGUGUCCCAAUCGGGCAAGUCACUUUUCUGU